AUGGGAAAUCAACCACUAAUAAUGGGCAAAUACAUUGGGGAGAAAAAGCCUGGCGAGACUAGAAUCCUCAGAAAUGCUUUAAUUCCAGAUGGAGUCGAUUUAAUCUCAGAUCAUAUGGGACUUAGAACACUUCCUGAUAUCUAUGAGUAAAUGAUAAAUAUGAAAAACCAAUAUAGAUUGAACUACAAAUAAAACCCAGGCAAAGUAUUCACAGGGACUAGAAAGCAAACUAAGCUUGAAGAUGGAAAGAUUUAAUUUGGAGAGUAUUAAUGGAAAAAGUAUGGGGACGUUUAUGAGUCAUCAAAAGCUAUUGCAUCUUACCUAGUUCAUCACGACUUAUGCCCUAAGGUCUAGACUGAGCAUGAUGGAGAGUUCAAAUUUCUAUCAAUCUACGCUAAAAAUAGGGAGGAAUGGAUAGAGACAGAUUUGGGAUGUGCUAUGACAUCAAUCACUGUAGUCACUUUAUACGACACAUUAGGGAAAGACUCAAUUGAAUACAUCUUAGAUUAAUCUCAAAUCAAGACGCUCGUGCUUUCAGCUGAUAAAAUCAAGAUUAUCUUGGAGAUCAAAGCGGUGGGCAAACUUCCCUCUCUCAGCCAUCUAAUUUAUUUUGAUGAAGCCAAAGAUUAAGAUCUUGAAAAAGCUGCAGAAAUAGGUGUAACCUUAGUUUAGUAUAAACAAGCAGUGUCUGAAGGAAAAACAUAUUAGAAUGUAAUUUUUGAAACCCCAGAGCCAGACACUGUUUACACUCUUUGCUACACCUCAGGAACAACAGGUAUGCCUAAGGGUGUAAUGAUCACUCAUAAAAAUAUGAUUGCUAAUAUAUCAGCUAUCAACAGAUUUGAUGGUGUCUUUAGCUUCUAGGACGAUGAUGUGUAUAUUUCAUACUUGCCUUUGGCUCACGUCUUUGAGAGAAUGUGCAUGAUAGCAUGCAUGACUUACCAAGUGAGAUACGGAUUCUUCUAGGGAGAUGUUAUGAAGUUAAAAGAUGAUCUCGCAGUUUUGAGACCAACUUUAAUGGUUAGUGUUCCAAGAUUAUUCUCCAGAUUUUAUGAUGGAAUGCAAGCAAAAGUUAAGGAUCUGAAGGGACCAUCCAAGACACUGUUUGAGUGGGGACUUUAAAAGAAGUUAUAUAACCUUAAGCACUACGGGAAAUGCACCCACACUUUUUAUGACACCAUGAUAUUCAAUAAAUUUAGAGAUCUUUUAGGAGGCAGAAUGAGAAUGAUGGUAACAGGAUCUGCACCAAUCUCAAAGGAUAUUUUAACUUUUUUGAAAGUAGCAUUUUGCUGCCCUAUUCUCGAGGGCUACGGACAAACUGAGAGUGCAGCACCUGCUUCUAUAACUUGGAUGAACGACCCUGAUGGUGGGCAUGUUGGAGCUCCGUUCCCAUCAUGUGAUUUCAAGCUUGUAGACGUUCCUGAAAUGAAAUACACGUCAGAGGAUGUAGAUGAGAAUGAGUAAAGUAUUCCUAGGGGUGAGAUAUGCUACAAGGGUCCAAACUGCUUUAAAGGUUAUUUCAACAAUCCAAAAGCCACAAAAGAAACCAUAGAUGAAGAUGGCUGGGUUCAUACUGGAGACAUAGGCCAAUUUUAGCAAAAUGGUAAAAUCAAGAUCAUUGACAGAAAGAAGAAUAUCUUUAAGCUUUCAUAGGGAGAAUAUGUCAUUCCAGAUAAAAUUGAAAAUAAGUUGAUCGAAAGCAAUUAUGUAUCCUAGAUAUUUGUUUACGGAGACUCGCUUCAGCACAACCUAGUGGCUAUCGUAGUACCAGAUAAGCAUCAUUUAUAAAAAUGGGCAAAAGAAUAAGACUUAUAAGAAAGUGAAGAUUAUGAGGCAUUAAUUAAAAGUCCAGUAGUAAAUAAAUUUUUGUUAGAUGAGAUUAAAACUCUAUCAAGAUCAGCUGGUGUAAGUUAUAAUCAUUUAUUCCUUCCUUCUAAGCUAAUUAUUUAUAGCUCUUCGGAUUUGAGAUUCCCCUAAAGAUCCACUUGA